AUGGAACAAGGUUACUUAGAAGAAGCCUUUGAUCAGGACUAUGAACCUGAAGAUGAAGAUGAAGAUGAACGUGAUUUCAAUCUAUGUGGACAAUUCGAUGAUAUUGAUGACUCCAAAAGAGAAGAGCUCUUGGCAGAUGCAGACAAUGAUGUCGAUGAUAUGCCAGAACUCACUGUCAGAUUCCAAGGAGAUGAUGACUAUGAAUCAGACGACGAUUUGGGUGAUGAAGGCGAUGAAGAGGAAGAACCUAUUGUGACCAAUUUGGAUCACAAUCAAGAAAAUGUCGAUAGAGGAACCGAUGAUAUUGGGAGCCUCAUUACUGAUCUGGAGGACCUACAAGAGCCGCCAGAAGAAGAGAUUGUAUUUGAGCCUGAAGAGCCUCAAGUCACUUGA